ACACACACUUAAACACAAGCACACUCAAUCUUCGAAACCUUAACCCAACCAACACACACAAUCCACCGAACUCAAAACUCAGACGGACCAAAGUGAACGUUUAGAAUUGUCGUAAAUAACAAUCGAAACAAAACUAAAAGAACCGACCAAUCGAUAAACAAAUCGAACAAGUUUGCUGACAGCAGGCGUAAAUCGAUUGGCCGAUAGCCAAUAAAGCGAACAACAAAACUGCGAUUAGCGGACAAUUAGACAAAAGGAAGAAACGGACAAGCGAAAAUUUUCGACAUGCUCUCCUGUGCCUCAUUCAAUAAGCUUAUUUAUCAAACGGCCGCGGAUGUUACCGCCAUGGCCAGCGGUAAAUCGACUCCAGUUGGAGUCGAUCUUAGUUCUCUGCCGCUGGCAACAGGCGUUGGCGACGGUAGCGUGGGACGUGGUGCCCCCAGCGAAACGCAGAGCGAAAUCUCAUCGGUGGACAGCGAUUGGAGUGACAUACGUGCCAUUGCAUUGAAAUUGGGAGUACAAAAUCCAGACGAUUUGCACACGGAACGUUUUAAGGUGGACCGACAGAAACUAGAACAGUUGAUAAAGGAGAACAGCGUCAUUGAAGGCAUGAACGGUGCUGAGUAUUUCUUUGAUGAGAUAAUGAACACCACGGAUACUUAUGUGAGCUGGCCUUGCAGACUCAAGAUUGGAGCCAAGAGCAAAAAGGAUCCCCAUGUGCGAAUUGUGGGUAAAAUGGAACAGGUGCAGCGUGCCAAGGAUCAAAUUCUGAGCAGCCUGGACUCAAGGGGGACGCGUGUGAUUAUGAAAAUGGAUGUCAGCUAUACGGAUCACUCUUACAUCAUUGGCCGCGGCGGUAACAAUAUAAAGCGGAUUAUGGAUGAAUCGCAUACGCAUAUACAUUUCCCAGAUUCGAAUCGUUCGAAUCCCACGGAGAAAUCGAAUCAAGUUUCGCUUUGCGGCAGUUUGGAGGGCGUUGAACGUGCCAGGGCCAUGGUGCGACUCUCGACACCGCUGCUCAUCUCGUUCGAGAUGCCAGUAAUGGGUCCAGGAAAGGUGCAGCCAGAUCACGAGACGCCCUACAUCAAGAUGGUCGAAAGCAAGUUCAAUGUGCAGGUCAUAUUCUCAUCGCGACCCAAGUUGCAUACAUCCCUGGUGCUUGUCAAGGGCUCCGAAAAGGAGUCGGCCCAAGUACGCGAUGCCACACAGCUCCUUAUCAACUUUGCCUUUGAGAAUAUUGCAAAUCAAAUUCUUGUCAAUGUGCAAAUGGAGAUAUCGCCGCAACAUCAUGAGAUUGUAAAGGGAAAGAAUAAUGUAAAUCUGCUGAACAUCAUGGAGCGCACACAGACCAAAAUCAUAUUCCCCGAUCUGACAGACAUGAACGUGAAGCCGCUGAAAAAGUCACAGGUUACGAUUAGUGGACGCAUCGAUGAUGUCUAUAGGGCGCGACAACAAUUGCUUGGCAAUUUGCCCGUUGUCUUGAUAUUUGACUUUCCCGACAAUCAGACCGAUGCAUCUGAAAUUAUGGGUCUUAACGUCAAAUACGGCGUCUAUAUAACGCUACGCCAAAAGGCGCGACAAAGCACGCUGGCCAUCGUUAUCAAGGGCAUUGAGAAAUUUAUAGACAAGAUAUACGAGGCACGCCAGGAGAUAUUAUGUCUGUCGACGCCGGCGAUCAAACCGGAGCUACCCGAUCAUUACUAUAUGCCCAAGGAUAAGGAUCUGAAUUUGGCGUAUCGCACUCAAUUGACCGCAUUGCUUGCUGGCUAUCCCGAUAGUCCGAAGACGCCUUCCCUGUUGCCGCCCUCAAUGGGGUCACAAUUGUCGCCAUAUGGCAACAAGAAUCAUUUACUGCUCAAUGGCAAUGUAGCCGUUGGCAUGACCACGCCCACUGGGGUCUGCACGCCCACUCAAAAGUAUAUGCCGUUACACAAUAGCGCCUACCAACCGCGUCAAGUGCCGACUAUAACCCAGAACAACAACACCAACAACAACAAUAACUUUUUGCAAGUACCUACCUCAGGACUUUUGAAGCCGCCACAAGUGCCUAGCGGUCCACCAUCGGUGGGUUCGAAUGUAUCGCCACGCAACAGCUGUAGCCAGAACACAAGCGGCUAUCAGAGUUUUAGCAGCAGCACCACAUCGCUGGAGCAAUCGUAUCCACCAUAUGGCCAGUUGCAGGGGGCCGUCUCAUCGACGUCCUCCUCGUCGGGUGGCAACAACAAUCGUGCGCACUAUUCGCCCGACUCCACGUACAGCAGCGAGACGGGCAGCAUUGCUGGCACCACCGCACGUCUUGGUCGCCGUCUUAGCGAUGGAGUACUGCUUGGGCUGGGCAGCGCCAUAGGCGGCGCACAUCUGUUGCCCGGCAGCGCUGAAAGCUAUCGCAAUCUUCAUUAUGAUCUGGCCGCCGCUGCGGGCAAGCAUCAGCACCAUCAACAGCAGCAGGCAUCGCAACGUGCUUGUGAAUUUGAUAUACAACGUGCACUUGGCUUCAAGGCCAUGGAACGCACACCUGUCGCUGGUGAGCUGCGCACUCCAACCCCUGCCUGGAUGGGCAUGGGAAUUAGCCGCACAUCGCCAGCACCCAUUGAGACGGUGGAUGAUGGUUCCAAUGGUGGUGCCAAUACAGCCAAUGGCUGGCGUAUGCCGCCACCACCGCCAGGCCUUUGUUCCCCAUACGGACUGAGCGCAACGACGGGAUUGCUGGACGCAACGCCCGUGAGUCGGCGCUUGCAGCUGUCCCAACAUAAGGACAUACACACACUACUAACGAGCGUCGGCUUGGAGCACUACAUAAAGAUUUUCGUUUUAAACGAAAUUGACUUGGAAAUGUUUACAACACUGACGGAGGAGAAUCUAAUGGAGCUGGGCAUCACCGCGUUUGGAGCUCGCAAGAAGCUGCUGGCGGCCAUUCACACGCUUCUGGCCAACGAAGCCGCCUGCAGUAGUAUGCCCAGCAGCAGCUCCUCGCAGAGCUCCUCGCCGCGAUUCUCCGGCAGCGCUGCGCCCGGAGCCGAGCGUCGUCCCUCGAAUCAGUGGUAAAUGCUGAGACAAUUGUGGGUUAUAGUAGAUCUAUAUGCCUAAACAAAAUGCUCAAUACUAACUAUAUAAUAUAGGAAAAGUGAAGAACAGAAUUCUCAACAAAUACGAAACCCUACACAAAAAUAGUAUUCAAAGCCUCUCAACUCGUUUAUUUAUUUAACGUUAAUUCUAAUCUUGCUUGAAGUCUUCAAAAUAACUGUAGUGAAUAUACCACGAGAAAUUGUAACCUAAACAAAACUAGAAACCAGAAAAAAACAAACAAUUUGAGAAGUUUUCAGUGAUGCGUAUACUAAAUUUGCAAUUACGUAGUUUGGCUUGACUUAUACUCGCAUUUGUACUCAAACGAAUAUCUAACUUGUGAAUAAUUUAUGCACUUUAACUACGUAUUUAUAAUGUUUAUUGUAAAGAAUGAAUUUAACUGAAGAACAUGUUGUUUGAAACAAAAAACACUUUAUGGCUUGUAAAAUUCUAAAUAAAUAAUAACAAAAAAGCAAAACAAAAAAGCAAAACAAAAAAAUUAAAACAAAACAAAAAAGGAAAAAACAAUAACAAAACAAACUAACUGAAUAAAAUAAAAAUAAAUAAAUUUGAAACAAAAACAA